CUUACUAAUCACAUGUGUCGCGCAGUUUGCAUUGUUGUUUCGCAGCCUCAUUAUCAAGUGUAAUCAGAAACAGUAGCCACGCCUAUCUCCGCCGGCCAACAAGAACUUUUUAUUGAAGGUGCUUCGCCUACCCUUCUGUAUUGUAUUUGUACUCAACAUCAAAGUUCUAUCUUCAACAUGGCUGGAUCCGACAAGUUUGUUGUAGCUGCAGAAGAGAUCAAGCGUCUUAGUAAACUGCCUGACAAUCAAGAGUUGCUUGAUACGUACAAGUAUUAUAAGCAAGUCACUGUAGGAGACUGCAAUACUGAUAGACCUGGUAUGUUGGACCUGAAGGGUAAAGCUAAAUGGGACGCAUGGAACGGUAUUAAAGGAAUGACCAAGGAGGAAGCUGACCGUCUAUAUGUGGAAUACGUGGAGAAAUUGAAGACAAAAUAUGGCCUUUCAGCCUAAUUCAUAUCUGGGAUAGAUAGGUUUUUAAAUGAGAAUUGGUUUAAAUUUAUAAAUGUUUUGGUUGUCAGGUUGUAGGGACAAGAACAAAUUUAGUAGAUUUUUGAAGCUGCUUGAAAUGAAUUUUAAACUUUUGUACGACACAAAACACCAUGUCCAGAGAUUUAUCGAUAGUGCAACAUCAACAACUAAAACAUUGCAUAUUUUUGUUUCAUAACGCGAGUUAUCAGUUUCACAAUUAAACAUUGGUUAGAGAAUUUCUUUAUGACGUGCAAAUAUUUGUUUUGUGAAAACGUUGAAAUAUCUUAAUUUAUAUAGAAAAGUUUGCGGUAACACCAUGUAAUAACAAUCUCUAAAUGAGUUGGGGUGGUUCUGAAAAGAACCG